UUAAUGUCUGAGUUGAAAACUUCAACACACACACACACCAGCGAUGUUCACACGAGUCCACAGGAGUGCGUGGUGAGCAGCUGAACCCAGGACACAGCAGCACAGUUAGCUAACAUCCUUCAGCUCCUCUCAGCAUGAGCAGUAAACCGCUAACUUAGCCCAGAGCGACGGACUAACUCUUCGCUAGCUUACCGCUAAAGGUGUUAGUUAACGUUAGCUGUGCGUCGUGUCCCGGUGGGGAUCCGCCUGGGGGCCAGCUGUCGUUAACACCGUCUGAAAAAGGCUUCCAGGAUAUUACACGUGGUUCACCUGAGCAUAAAGUCGAUUUUGGUUGAUUUGGGGUUAGACACGUUGGACUCACCUACAUCGAGGAGCUGAAUGGCCUCUGUUGUAGCAGUGAAAACUGAGAAGCGACCUGCAGCUGAUUCUCAGGAUGCAGACUCCAAUGCCAAAAAGCCCAGGAAACUGCUGCCCAGCCUGAAGACCAAGCGGGCCCCCGAGCUGGUCCUGGUGAUUGGCACAGGGGUGAGCUCUGCAGUGGCCCCUCAGGUCCCUGCACUCCGCUCUUGGAAGGGCCUCAUCCAGGCCUUGCUUGAUGCGGCCAAUGACUUCGAUCUACUAGAGGAAGAGGAAAGUCGCCGUUUCCAGAAACACAUGCAGGAAGACAAGAAUUUGGUGCAUGUGGCCCAUGACCUCAUUCAGAAACUUUCCCCGAGAACAGGCAAUGUGCGAUCCACAUUUUUCAAGGACUGUCUGUACGAGGUAUUCGACGACUUGGAGUGUAAGAUGGAGCAUGCGGGGAAACAUCUGCUGCGCUCGGUGCUGCAGUUGAUGGAGAGCGGCGCGCUGGUCCUUACCACCAACUUCGACAACCUGCUGGAGAUCUACGCGGCUCACCAGGGCACCAAGCUUGAGUCUUUGGACCUGACUGAUGAGAAGAAGGUGUUGGAGUGGGCUCAGGAGAAACGGAGGUUAAGUGUGCUGCAUAUCCACGGUGUUUACACCAACCCCUGUGGGAUCGUUCUGCACCCUGCUGGCUACCAGAAUGUACUGAGGAACACUGAGGUCAUGCGUGAGAUCCAGAAACUGUACGAGACCAAAUCCUUUGUGUUUCUCGGCUGUGGGCGCACAGUGGACGACACCACCUUCCAGGCUCUGUUUCUGGAGGCAGUCAAGCACAAGUCGGACCUGGAGCACUUCAUGCUGGUGCGGCGCGAAGACGUGGGCGAGUUCAAGAAGCUGCGCGACAACAUGCUGGACAAGGGAAUCAAAGUCAUCUCCUAUGGAGACGAGUAUGCCGACCUGCCCGAGUACUUCGAGAGGCUGGCCAAUGAGAUCUGCAACCGGGACGUGUCCACCAACGGCUGGGGUGAGGAGGAUGAAGGAUCUCCGUCCCAAAAUGGGGAAGAGCAGCAGAAUGGUUUCAACACACAGAAAAGCCUCCUUCAAGACUUUCAUUCCUGACAGGCUCACGGUUGGGAUCGCUAUCAGUCAUUUUCCUCCACAGCUCUGUCGUGACAGAUCGGUGUAUUUCGAGUAGUGCUCGAUUCUGAUAUCACACGGUGGAUUUAGGAAUCCCUGGAACACUGUGGGCCAUAAGAGACCUAGAAACUGUUGUCACUAUUUUUGCAGAAUGUCCAGGGUUUCCCUGUUUUUAUUUUUAAAAGGGAAAGGAGAAAUUUAAGGUCACAGCCCCAACUGUACUGCGCGUAAAUAUUACUGAACCCCUCAGCAUUUGGGUGAACUCCAGUUUUUAUGUUGGCAUAUGAUCCAAUGAUAUGCUGCUUCAAUUUGGACAAACAAUAAAACAAACUGCCUCCUCUUGACCUUGGCUGGCUGGAUAUGAGCGGCUCCAGGUGCAAGCUGUUACGCACAUCACAUGCUCUUAACUGAAAAAAAGUCUUGAUAUGUAAGAUAUGAUUGUAUCUGUCAUGCUCAACCCUGAAACCAGGAACACUUGAUUUGCACAUUACUGGAUGUGGGAAUGGUGGAAAAAAUUCAACAAUGUAAUGGGUCUGUCCUCAGAUGUAAGUCCAGGGGAGCAUCUUUUCUUAGCAGUGACGCUCUGCCAGUUGCAAUCACUUAGCCACUCCUGUGCUGAAAAUAAAAAAAGUUCUUUGUAAUUCUUUUUUUGUAUUUUUAAUACUUGCAUGUGUUUUCUGACAGUAUUUAUAAGUACUAUUUUCAAAAUAAAGCUUUUGGUAUCCCA